CUGGAGCAGCGAUGGACCUGAGACUCUGUGUUUCUGCGCUCAGACAUGGGAAAUAAACAAACCAUCUUUACGGCACAGCAGCUAGAUGCCUAUCAGGACUGUACAUAUUUCACAAGAAAGGAAAUUCUGAGACUCUUCUACCGCUAUCGGGAUUUGGCACCGCAGCUCGUUCCUCUUGACUACACCAACCACCCAGAUGUGAAGUUACCAUAUGAGCUGAUUGGCAGCAUGCCAGAGCUGAAGGACAACCCAUUUCGACAGAGGAUCGCUGAGGUUUUCUCUGAGGACGGAGAGGGAAAUAUGACACUGGACGACUUCUUGGACAUGUUUUCUGUCCUCAGUGAGAUGGCUCCACGGGACCUCAAGGCCUACUAUGCUUUCAAAAUUUAUGAUUUCAACAACGAUGACUUCAUCUGCAAGUCAGACCUGGAGAAGACGCUGAACAAGCUGACUCGUAACGAGCUGACAGAAGACGAGGUGAGGAUGGUGUGCGAGAAGGUGAUCGAUGAGGCCGACCUGGACAACGACGGACGUCUGUCACUCGAAGAUUUUCAGCACAUGAUCGUUAGAGCUCCGGACUUCCUCAGCACUUUUCAUAUAAGGAUAUAAGCAAAUGAAGCGAUCCUCUACAUUUGCUACCUGGAAUAGCCCCAAAGGAUGGACUGGAAAUACUUCAGAAUGAAAUCCUGUCAUCUUUACCAAAAAUUUCAGCAUUUUUUUAUUUAAAAUAAAUAAAAUGACCAAAAUCAUUCUUCUGGCAUUCUUUAAGGAGUCCACGUCCAGUUUUUCUCUUACAGAAACACCAACAGUCAUGCUGUGACUGCAGAUCUGUUAUCAGGUGGAGGCAUCGGCCAAUCCCUCAAGACAAGGCUCAUUAGCUAUGAUUAUCAACAGUGGAUUUGUGUCUUGUAUCAAAAGGGGUUCAGUUACACUGGACAAUAAACAAUAAACACGCCAGAAUAUUCCAGUGGGCCAAUAAUAGGAGAGCCAUUUGUCAUGAAAGCAGUCAGUGGGUAAACUGAUACUUUCCUGUGACAUCCAGCCAAUAAAACCACUCAAUUGAAACGCACACGCUUAGUUUUAUAACCUUAUUUUAUUAAAUCAAAAGUUCACAUAUCUACAAAAUUGUAGAUACAUUUUUAUAUGGGUUUAGAAAGUACAGUACAAUUUAAGUAGACCUAUUUUUAAGUGAUAUUUACAAUGUUUUGUUGAUUUUUUUUAUAUUAUUGUCCCUGUGUACUUCACACUACAUGGAAUAAAAUAUGGCUGUAAAAAGGGAAAAAUUUCAAGAAAACAAAAGAUAUGACUUAAAAACAAAAUCAAAGAGGAAGUAUCAUAUUUCAGAAAAAAAAAAUGAUACAGCUCGAGUCCCAUAAAAGUUUGCUCCCUAUGUUUCUGUUUAUGACUUAAAGCUCGAACAAAACGGUGCCGUCCUCACAUUUCGACAUCCGCUCUCUUCCCGCUCAACAGUACCCCGCUGUGCUAAAUUUCACCUGCAAUGAUGCACCAAUGCUGCUUUAAAUAAACAGAGCGUGUCCUCUCUUUUUUGGCUCAGUGAAUGACACAAAACAAAAAUAACAAAAGCCCAUACAUUCAACUGUACAGCUCUGUAGGUAUGUCUGAAAAAAAA